AGAAAAUUGAUUAACGAAGAACAGUCGCUGAUAACAAUUGCAAAAAAACAAUGGAUGAUCAAGACAUUCAUAAUUGCAUAAUCAAACUGAGAAAGAAUCCUGAAAGAAGAAGAGAGAAGGUUUACAUAGGAUGCGGGGCAGGCUUUGGCGGCGACAGACCAUCAGCGGCGCUUAAGUUGCUUGAGAGAGUUAAAGAGCUUAAUUAUAUAGUGCUGGAGUGUUUAGCUGAGCGCACUCUUGCUGAGCGUUAUCAGAUUAUGAUGUCUGGUGGUGAUGGCUUUGAUUCCCGCAUCUCGGAUUGGAUGAAUGUGCUCCUUCCCUUGGCUGUUGAAAGAGGAACUUGCGUUAUAACCAACAUGGGGGCAAUGGAUCCGCUUGGUGCUCAGGAUAGUGUUUUAAGAGUUGCUAGCAAUCUGGGGCUUAGUGUUUCUGUUGCUGUGGCUCGUGAGGUUUCUUGCGAUAAGUCAGGGUCUCCGUCCAAGGAAUCAAAUGUUAUGGAAGGUGGUAUCAGCACAUAUCUUGGAGCAGCUCCAAUUGUUGAGUGUCUGGAAAGUUAUCAACCAAAUGUUAUAAUUACUUCACGAGUUGCUGAUGCUGCCUUGUUCUUAGCACCAAUGGUUUACGAACUCGGUUGGAAUUGGGAUGACCUCAAGGAGCUAGCUCAGGGAUCAUUGGCGGGUCAUCUCCUAGAGUGUGGUUGUCAGCUCACAGGAGGAUACUUCAUGCAUCCGGCCGACAUAUACCGAGACAUGUCUUUCUCGACUCUGCUGGAUGUCUCACUUCCUUAUGCGGAGAUAAGUUUCAAUGGACAGGUUUGUGUAGCAAAGGCAGAGGGCAGCAGCGGUGUACUAAAUUUCAGUACUUGUGCCCAACAACUUCUCUAUGAGAUUGGAGAUCCAAGUGCUUAUAUCACUCCAGACGUGGUAAUUGAUAUUCAGGAUGUUUCGUUCAACCCAUUGUCAAGUUGUUGUGUUCUUUGUGCUGGGGCAAAACCAUCUUUAGAUUCUCGGCCAGAUAAACUCUUGCGCUUGGUUCCAAAGGAUUGUGGUUGGAAAGGAUGGGGAGAGAUAUCAUAUGGAGGGUAUGAAUGUGUGGCACGUGCUAAAGCUGCUGAAUAUCUAGUCAGGUCAUGGAUGGAUGAAGUAUGUCCUGGUGCAAACUGUAAUAUCAUCUCAUACAUAAUUGGACUUGAUAGCCUGAAGGCUACUAGGACUAUCGAUAAGAAUUUAUCUUGUGCUGCUAAUGAAGACAUAAGGCUACGCAUGGAUGGAUUGUUCGAGCUAAAGGAGCAUGCAGUGCUAUUUACAAGAGAGUUUACAGCUUUGUAUACGAAUGGACCAGCCGGUGGAGGGGGCAUUAGCACUGGAUUUAAGAAAGAGAUAAUUCUCGAAAAGCUGAUGAUCGGACGUGAACAUGUCUUCUGGUUGUCUGGAGUAAAGCACACUAAAGAAAGUAGUUUAGAUGAGAAAUACUUUGAUUUAGAAGAGAGAAGAAUCAACUGGGGGGAUGCAGCCAACAACCAUUCUCGGACAGAAUCUGCUUUACCAACAUUUAUUAAAGCUACCACGGAUGAUUCUUGUGAAGAAUGUUCUUCGCCGAUGAUUAUGCCCUCUCCUGCUCCAUCAGGCCAGAAGAUUCCGCUUUAUACUGUAGCACACGGCAGAACUGGAGACAAAGGAAAUGAUUUGAAUUUUUCUAUCAUUCCACAUUGUCCUUCUGAUAUUGAUAGAUUGAAGAUUGUUAUUACACCUCAAUGGGUAAAGGGGGUUGUUUUCAGUCUUUCAAAUACCUCUUCGUUCAUAAACUCGGAUGAUACCAUGAAGCGAGACAAAUGGAUUACUGAACAUGUUAUUGUAGAGUUAUAUGAAGUCAGGGGAAUCCAUUCUUUGAAUGUUGUGGUCCGUAACAUUCUAGAUGGCGGUGUUAACUGCUCACGGAGGAUUGACCGCCAUGGGAAGACGAUCUCAGAUGUUAUACUGUCUCAGCUAGUCGUGUUGCCAUAAUGAAUGUAAUCUCCUUCAGCUUUCUCGACCACUUUCAGAUUUUGAUAGCUGCUAAAUUUACUUGUGCAGUUUAUAUAUAUAAUAUUUCAUUUUAUUGUAACAGUGUUUGCCAAUAAAU